CCUUCUCUCCGUUCUUCCACCUCCACUCACUCCUCUCCUCUCUCAAAAAAAAAUGGCCGAAACUAAGAAGGUCAAGAGCCCUCAAGACUUCGCUGUCGAUUUCUUGAUGGGUGGUGUCUCCGCUGCUGUUGCCAAAACCAGCGCUGCGCCCAUUGAGCGUAUCAAGCUCCUUGUCCAGAACCAGGAUGAAAUGAUCAAGCAAGGUCGGCUAGCUACCCCCUACAAGGGUGUCGGCGAUGCUUUCGCCCGCACAUACCGUGAAGAGGGCCUUGUUUCGCUCUGGAGAGGAAACACCGCCAACGUCAUUAGAUACUUCCCCACCCAGGCUCUCAACUUUGCCUUCAAGGACUACUUCAAGUCCUUGUUUGGUUUCAAGAAGAAUGAUGGGUACUGGAAGUGGUUUGCUGGCAAUGUCGCCUCUGGUGGUGCCGCUGGUGCCUCCUCCCUUCUCUUCGUCUACUCUUUGGAUUACGCCCGUACUCGCCUCGCCAACGAUGCGAAGUCAGCGAAGGGUGGAGGUGCUCGUCAAUUCAACGGCUUGGUUGACGUUUACAAGAAGACCCUUGCCUCCGAUGGUCUUGCCGGUCUUUACCGUGGUUUCGUCCCAUCGGUUGUUGGUAUCAUCGUCUACCGUGGUCUCUACUUUGGUGUCUACGAUUCUCUCAAGCCCGUUGUUCUCGUCGGUGCUCUUGAAGGUUCAUUCCUGGCUUCAUUCGGUCUUGGUUGGGGUGUUACCAUUGGUGCUGGUCUUGCGUCAUAUCCUUUGGACACUAUCCGUCGUCGCAUGAUGAUGACCUCUGGCUCCGGUGUUAACUACAAAUCCAUGUUUGAUGCUGGCUCACAGAUCGUCGCCAAGGAGGGUAUGAAGUCCCUCUUCAAGGGUGCUGGUGCUAACAUUCUCCGUGGUGUUGCUGGUGCUGGUGUGCUGUCCCUGUACGACAAACUGCAACAAAUUAUGUUCGGCAAGGUUUACUCUGGAGGAUCUGGUUAAAUACUUGAUUAGACAUGUAUGCAUCAUACCUAUAGAGUCUCGUCUUUUUAUUUCCCUCUGUCGUUAUUUCCCGGGGUGUAUUCAUACCCUUGCAUCCGAAAGACAUGGUGGCACCUCUACAAUACACAAUUAGUAAAUUUAAUGCGUUCAUCGUUC